CCCUAUUCGGGAGCCGUACCUCCUUGGAAAGACCGGGGGAAGUGGAAUUGUGGGAGAACAUGGCGGCGGCUUUGGUGGCCCGGAGUCCCCGGGUUCUGACAAUGUCACGAUCUGGCAUUACUGCUAUUGCUACAUCUGUAUUUCUUGCCCAGUCCCACCGCAAACUUCAUUAUGCCCUUGUGCCUCAUGGGAAAGGUGGACGCUCCUCAGUCAGUGGGAUCGUGGCUACUGUAUUUGGAGCAACAGGAUUUUUGGGUCGAUAUGUCGUCAAUCACCUUGGGCGCAUGGGAUCACAGGUGAUCGUCCCCUAUCGGUGUGAGCCUUAUGAUUUCACCUAUCUUCGACCCAUGGGUGACCUGGGCCAGAUUAUUUUUUUGGAAUGGAAUGCCAGGGACAAAAGUACCAUCCAGAGGGCGCUGGAGCACAGCAAUGUUGUCAUCAAUCUUAUUGGACGAGAUUGGGAAACUAAAAACUUCAGCUUUUCAGAUGUCUUUGCUGCCAUUCCCCAGACAAUAGCUCAGUUGGCCAAGGAGGCUGGAGUAGAAACAUUUAUUCAUGUUUCUCAUCUCAAUGCCGAUAUCAGAAGCACUUCUAAAUACCUGAGAAAUAAGGCUGUUGGAGAUGAAGCAGUGAGAGAGGCAUUUCCUGAAGCCAUCAUCCUGAAGCCCUCUGACAUUUUUGGAAGAGAGGAUAGAUUACUUAAUUAUUUUGCAAAUGUCCGUUGGUUUGGUGGUGUGCCUCUCAUUUCAUUGGGCAAAAAGACAGUGAAACAACCAGUUUAUGUAGUAGAUGUAUCCAAAGCCAUUAUCAAUGCAAUUAAGGAUCCAGAUGCCCGAGGGAAGACCUAUGCCAUCACUGGGCCGAAUCGGUACCUCUUAUAUGAUUUGGUGCAGUAUAUCUUUGCUGUGGCUCACAGACCAUACCUUCCAUACUACAUGCCACGUUUUGCCUAUCAAUUGGUGGCAAGAAUCUUUGAGAUGAGUCCAUUUGAACCCUGGACCACAAGGGACAAAAUAGAGCGGAUUCACAUCACCGACAAGAAAUUGCCUCACCUGCCUGGCUUAGAAGACCUUGGUGUCGAGGCUACUCCCUUAGAACUCAAAGCCAUUGAAGUUCUUCGACGUCAUCGCACAUACCGAUGGUUGUCUGCGGAACUGGAAGAUGCAAAGCCAGCCAAAACAGUCAACUUUUAAUGUUCCCCAGGCAGCUUUGUGUUUUCCAUAUUGUUUAGGUCACCUGUCCAGCCACUGAUUUUCUUCAGAGAAUUCUGUGCCCGAUGGAUCAGAUUCCUCAAUUAAAACUUUUAAGAUUAAUUUUAGAAA